AGCCACUGCUUUAAGACGAAGACAUCAUGGAUGAAUAUGAAAUCAUUAAAAAAAUUGGAGAAGGAUCUUUUGGCAAAAUAUUCUUGGCAAAAGGAAAAGUGGAUAAUGAGCAGUGUGUUAUCAAAGAGAUCGAUUUAAGUAAGCUACCUGUGAAAGAAAAGGAAGCGUCUCAAAAAGAAGUCAUUCUUCUGGCCAAGAUGAAGCAUGCAAAUAUUGUAACCUUCUAUGCUUCUUUGCAAGAAAAGAACAAGCUAUAUAUUGUGAUGGAAUACUGUGAUGGUGGAGACUUAAUGAAGCGGAUAAAUAUGCAGCAUGGAGUGCUGUUUGACGAGGACCAGAUUCUGAGUUGGUUUGUGCAGAUCUCGUUGGGCUUGAAGCAUAUUCAUGACAAGAAGAUUUUACACAGAGAUGUAAAAGCACAGAACAUUUUUCUUAGUAAUAAUGGAGAGGUAGCAAAGCUUGGGGACUUUGGCAUAGCAAGGCAGUUGAACAGUACUAUGGAGUUUGCUCAUACCUGUGUAGGGACUCCAUAUUAUCUGUCACCUGAGAUCUGUGAAAAUCAACCAUACAACAAUAAAACAGAUAUCUGGUCUCUUGGCUGUGUGCUUUAUGAACUAUGUGCACUGAAGCAUCCUUUUGAAGGCAAUAGUUUGCACCAGCUGGUGCUGAAGAUUUGCAGAGGCCGUUUUCACCCAGUGUCUCCCAACUAUUCAUAUGAUCUGAGGAUAUUAAUUUCCCAGUUGUUUAAAAUAUCUCCAAGAGAUCGACCAUCUAUCAAUUCUAUUCUAAGGAAGCCAUUCUUGCAGAAGCUCGUUCUCAGGUAUUUGCCCACAGAGGAAGAACUCAGUCGCACUGUGAUGCAUGGAAAAUGGCCUUCAGCAUCACAGUCUGGAGCUAAGCUGGUACAAGCAGAUAAACUUCAAAAAAGGAGAGUCCAGGCCCAAGUUUCUCCGGAAUCUGGAAUGGUGGUGCCUGUCAAGAAACAGGAAUUAUUUCAGAGAAAUGAAUGGAAACCUCCUUCAGGAGGGCAGCAGCCUGUUUUUCAGCCACAGUCCUCCAGAUUUAAGAUGGCAGAAGAGCCAGAGAGUAUUAGAGUAUAUGGCCAUUAUGGUCAUUACUAUGACAAGCUUGACAACUUGCAGAGCAAAGCUAAUGCACCUCAUGAGCUUUCUCAUAUCAGCCAAAGAGUUGAGGAAUAUUAUAAACUAAAAGGACAAGUUGCACCUCCACCCCCACCACCUGACUGGCCUGCAGAAUAUCUUCAAAGGCGUUUUGAAGCUCAACAGUACAAGAUUAAAGUGGAAAAACAGCUGGGACUGCGACCAUCCUCUGCUGACCUGUAUAAUGACCAGACAGAACACCAGAAAAUAAAGAAAGAGCAUCUCAAAAAUCAUCAGCAGGACAUGUCUAGAAAGAAGGAAAUGAAAGAACAGCAGUACCUGAAACAAUUGCAGAGAAUUCGAGAAGAAUACCACAGCGAUAUAAAAGAUUUCAGAUUCAGAGCAGGUGUGCUCCAGGAGAAUCAAAAAAUACAAGAUAAAACUUAUCUUGUGAGGCCAGGGAAAGCAGAGGACCAGUCUGGAACCGAGGAUACAGCUGGAACAGGAAAAGAAUCACUUCAGGACAUGGAAGAAAACUUUAAACAAGUCAGACUCCAAGAUAGGCAAGACCAAAAAAUCUUGGAAAAGAAACAUAACACAAAGGGAGGUGUAAAGUUUGAAAUUAAUUUGGAUGUAUGUGUUCCUGAGGAAGAGGGUGUGCAAGAAGCAGAGGUACCAGAUAAACUCGGUGAGACUUUAACUUUUGUGGAUGGUGGGAAUCUUAAGGAGAAAUUGGUGGAAGUUUAUGAGGAUCAUGUGAAAAGAGCUUUGGAAGAACUAUCUGCAUACCAAACAGAGUCCAAUGACAUAGAUGAUAGGAAAGAAAACAGAAAACAUUGGCAAGCUGGAGCCCCUCAGACACUACUGAAAUUCUCAGCCAAUGCUGAUCUCACAUCUGUAUAUCCUGCUAUGGCUGCAAAUGAACUUGCUGACCAUGCUGUUCUGCCUGAAGACAUCCCAAGAAACAGGAAGCAAUGGAAACGAACACCACCAGGGACAUUCCUGAACAUCUUAGUCAAAGCAGAGCUAUCUAAUGAUUCCUUCAACCAUCUUGAAGAAGAAAUAGAAAACAAGGAAGAUGAUUCAGGACCAUGCUCUGCUUUUACUGUUGAUGAAGGCAGACUUGAGCCAAGAUCAGAUGGUGAAGACACAAAUUUUGAAGAUUCUGAAGAUGAACUCAGACAUGAGCUGCAGGAAUCCCUGGAAAAAGUGGCAGCUUCUCCAGCAGAGAGAACCACGGAGCCUUCCAUUCUUUCAGUAAAUAAAGGUCAAGCAGAUGAAGAAAAGAUGCGUUUACCUCACAAACUACUUGGAGGAUCUGAUGAUGAUGAUUUAGAAAAUAACCAUGGUUCAUUUAGUGUUGACACACAUAAUGAAAAAGGCAAGCAGGAAGCAAGAGCUACCUAG